ACUGCUGACUGUUGUUGUCUGCUGAGUGAGUGGAAGUGGAGUGAGUCGUCGCCGUUGCUCUGCGUUGGUUGUGUCUGUUGCUCGCCAUGAAUUACAUGAAUGUAACGUGGGAGCCGACCAGGAGUAGGCUACUGGAGACUCUUAGGCAACAAAUAAUGAGUCUGGAGAAAAAAAGAGAGCACCUUCAGCAAGAGGUGCGCUCCAUCGAGAAAAGUCUCAAGACAGCUACUCAACUUGAUUUUAAUCACAAUGACAAUGUGAACAUUCUGACCCAAUGUAAGGUCUUUGGGUAUUUCUUAACAAAUUGCCAAUCCAAAGAGAUGGGUGAUGGAACUAAACAUUACACUGCUGCUUGUGAAGAUAAGCGUCACCCUUUCAAAAUUACAGUGGUUAAAAAUAAAGAUGAAGUCACUGCAGUCACUGUGGGGUUAUCCGGAACAUCUCCUUUGAAUGAAAUCCAAAUAGUCCUUAACAACCUUACUGAAGACAAUUGCCCAUACCUUGUCCUCUCUACUAUCCAGCAGUUUAUUCACUUGCACAACUUUAGAUUAAGAAUCUUUCAGGAGAAACUCCAGGGUCCGCCUGGAGAAGGAUGUGAUUUCCAGGUUCAUCGGCCAGACUUUACACAGGAAAUGGGCAACCGUCAUUACCAUAUAACAGCAAUGCGUGGAGCCAUUGAAAUUGUGUGGGGUCUCACAUGGAAUAAAAUCGAUCACCACCUGGCUCAUGAGUUCAUUAUUCGAAAAAUGCCUUCAAACAUAUCUUUGAAGAGGUGCACAGACAAACUACUGGACCACGCAUACAGCAAUCGUAAUGCACGAGAUUUAUGGGAAUGGUGGCAGGAUUUUUGUGUAAAUGUUGCUGCUCUCAACGAGCUCAAUUAAUUUAUCACAGUCGUAAGUCAUGACAAUAAGUUGAUUUUUCAUAUGUGGUUUAAGUAUCAAGGUUAAUAAAUAUAAAGUUUAGUUUGA